AUGUCCCAUCUAACCAAGGAGUACAUUCAGCAUCUCUACGAGACCUUUGGAGAGCUUAGGGUUCUCGAUGAUAUUAUCCAGCAUCGCGCUACCGACAACCCGCCUACUCCAAUUCUAGGCUACCCAAGGAACGAAGAUAAUGUGGAUGAAUACGAAUUUUUCACCGGCAAACAGCUUCAUCAGCUUGUUGAUGGUGCUGUGAAAUAUUAUCUCAAAUCCGGGUUGAAACCUAAUGCAAGAGAUGUUGUUGGUAUCUUUGCUCCGUCCAACGUAGACUUCGUCGUCACCUUCUUUGCCCUCAGUCGUCUCGGCUAUAAAGUUCUAUGUCUUUCACUCCGGUUGGCACCCGUGGCGAUUAUCAACCUUCUGAAGCAAACCCAAUGUGAAACCAUCGUUCAUGGGGCAACGAGCCAGAUCCUUACCACCCUCUCAGCCGUUAGCCAAGAGCAAACCAUUACAACAUUGGCAGUUCCUACUCGUGCACAAUAUGAAACAUCAGAAGGACCACUGUUUGUGCGAGAAUUUGAUCGCGAUACCGAAACAAACGAGAUUGGGCUCGUUAUGCACAGUUCCGGAUCUACAGGUCUCCCCAAACCUGUAUUCCUCAGCCACAAAAAUGUAUUGACCCAUCCAGUUCAAGGAGCCGGGAUGAACAAUUUUGGAGCACUCCCAUUAUAUCAUAUGUACGGCUUAUCUACAACCCUACAGGCUAUGUACAUGGCGAAGGCAGCGAAUCUACCGAGUGCUACCGUACCUAUGACUGCCGAUACUCUCAUGCGUGCUAUCGAAGCAACGAAACCGGAAAUCUUCCAUGGCGUUCCCUAUGCCUUGGGACUAUUGGUCGAACAUCCACGAGGUUUGGAUUACUUGAAGUCGGCCAAAAUUGUGACUGCAGCUGGCGCCCGUACUCCCGAUGAACUCGGUGAUCGUUUGGUAUAUGAGGGUGUCAAUGUCGGCGUAGUCUUUGGAACCACCGAGGCAGGUCUGCUUGGUGAUACCAUGCGGCGAGUAGAAGGGGACGAUUCAUGGAAUUACGUUCGCAUUUAUACCAACAUCAGGAAGUCAAUUCACAUGGAUCCAAUCGGAGACGGAGAAUACGAAUGUGUCUAUCUAAAGACUCACCCAGGACUGUCACCGUCUACGGCCAACUCGGAUGACCCAGAACCGGGCUCGUGGCGUUCAAAGGAUGUUUUUACACCUCACCCAACAAUUCCUGAUGUGUGGAAGUACGUUACCCGACUUGAUGAUCGAGUUACCUUGAGUAACGGGGAGAAGGUGCUUCCACUCCCUAUCGAAGGCCGCAUCCGUCAAGAUAACCUUGUGCGCGAGGCUGUAGUUGUUGGUGUAGACAAAGCUCUUCCAGGUCUUUUGGUAUUCAGGGCAUCGGAUGAUUUGUCUGAUGAGGAAUAUCUUGAUGCUGUCUGGCCGUCCAUCGCGGAUGCAAACUCGCGUGCCGAGGGCUUUUCCCAAAUCACUCGGGAGGCGGUUGUUGUUCUACCAUCAGAUAUGGAAUACCCCAGAACAGACAAAGGCAGCAUCAUUCGCGCACAAGUGUAUCGAAAAUUCGCAAACGAGAUUGAGUCAAUGUACGCCAGACUUGAUGACGAGCAGGAAGGCACGCUUCUUCUUGAUGUCGCUGGCAUUGAAGAAUUCCUAAAGAGCACCUAUGAAGACAUUUCGGGUGUAACAUUGGAGUCUGUCGAUACUGACUUCUUCACCGCGGGUGUUGACAGCUUGAAAGCUAUCCAGAUGAGACGCAUAAUUCAGAAGACACUAGAUCUGAAUAAACAACGACUCAGUAGCAAUGUUAUUUACGACCAAGGAAAUGUCAAAAAGUUGGCCAGAUAUCUAUUCACUCUUGGUCAAGGAGAUAUCAAUGGCGAUGGUGCUCAUAUGAAUGGAGAAGAACAAGAUACACCUUCAUUGAUGAGCGAACUGAUUACCAAAUAUUCCGCUUUUGGAGAGACAAUGAUAUUGACAGGAGCUACCGGGUCCUUGGGAGCACAUAUCUUAUCUCAAGCAAUCAAUAGUCACCAUGUAACAAAAGUUUAUUGCCUUGUUCGAGGUUCAAAUCCUCUAGAAAGAGUGCUCAAAUCGCUAAAAGAGAGAGGUCUGGAAGUUACUUCCAAGAACAAUCUGCAUAAAAUUGUGGCGCUUGUUUCAGACUUCAGUCAACCUGACCUGGGAGUGGGCAAAGAAACAUUUGAAAAGUUCAAGAGCGAGGUCUCUCUCAUCAUCCAUUUAGCCUGGCCGGUCAAUUUUGCCAUCCGUUUACAGAGCUUCGAGCCACAUCUAGCCGGACUCAGAAACCUGAUAGCUCUUUCACUCGCCGUCGACCGUCCAGAGCCAGCACGACUCUUUUUCGCUUCAUCGAUUUCGGCAGCGGAGAAUACGCCAACCCCAGCCCUCAUUCCGGAUGCUCCAAUUGAGAACUUUAACCAUGCAAUUGAUAUGGGCUAUGCCCAAUCCAAGUUGGUGGGCGAGCACAUGGUUCUCAAUGCCGCCCGUGGUGGAGCGCGAAGCUACAUUCUGCGUAUCGGACAGAUCGUCGGCGAUAAAGACUAUGGCUUCUGGAAUGACACCGAGUACAUCCCACUCAUGAUUAGAUCUGCUUUGUCUAUGAAGGCACUUCCUGAUUUGCAUGAGAAAUGUUCUUGGGUCCCUGUGGACAUGCUGGCGACUGCCAUUCUCGAACUGGACAGUACAGUACGGACAGCACCAAGGCCCGGUACGAUCAACAACACCGUUCCACCUGUGGUCUACAAUAUGGUGAACCCACAUCUGUUUUUGUGGGACGAACUACUCGUGGAACUGAAAGCGGCUGGUCUAGACUUUGAAACUAUCCCGUAUAGCGACUGGAUGGAACGCCUUAGAGAGAGCGCGUCCACUGGCGAUGAAGACCGGAAUCCAGCCGUGAAGAUCCUUGAUCAUUUCGAGCAGCGCUAUAUUUUGAGUCUUAGUGCAAGCCACAAUGGUGUCAACGGGUCAGGAAUCAAUGGAUCGGCUAUCAACGGAAACGGUGUCAAUAAAGUCCUCGUUUUGAAUGGUGCUGCCAAUGGUACCAAAGCCAACGGUUCUGCAGUCGAGGGUAUUGUAUUCGACACUAAGGCUAUGUUACGAGAUAGUCAAGUGUUGCGACAGCCACCGAAUAUCAUCCGGGAUGGAUAUGUGCGAAAGUUUCUCUCGUUUUGGCUGCAGAGGUGGGUAUAG